UAUCUACUCAUAUGUGUGGAGAGAUUUAUGGAUCACUUACCAACACUGUGUUUGUCUUUAUCAGCAUUGGUUUGUGCUAAUGCUUCCAAAGUUCAGACUUGUGUCCAUGCUGAUAGUGAUGCUUCAUGGCUUCUGAGUUGCAGCUCUGAGACUUUGUGCUCAUGUUUAUUAUUAAGCUUUCCAGACUCCUCCAGACCCAAUGGGUGCAGACGUUGGUCUAAUUAGGAUCAUUUGUUUUUAACCAUAUAAAAUAAAAGGCAAACCUCAGAACAGAAUUGAGUGUAAGUUGGUCUCAGACCAGAUUCAGACCAGGUGAUGUUUGUGGCAUGUGGACAGCAGCUUCUCUGACUCCUUCCUGCUACCAAGAUCUGCUUCAGAAUGACCUGCUUGUUUUUCUUUAGCUUGGGUUUUUCACCAAUCUAUCACUGGUCAGUUAAUGUAGUCUGUCCCUACAUGUUUCCCAUUUUAUUUGUUUGAUCAUUUGUUCUGUAGCUGUGGAAGACGCUUUGUUUUCUAUCAUGACACCUCAGUCAGUGAAACCUUGAAUGGGAAGCUGGGUUUCACUAAAACGUUCAGCUGAGCAUCAAAGCCUUAGUAGGGUAAUAUAAAGCCUCUAUUGAGAUUCAGCUUUGCAACUGUUUUGCUUUCACUUUCGUUAUGAUCAAAGCUGAAGGUGUGGUUUUGGGUGAAGAUAAUAUAAAAGCUGCAGCAGCAGAAGCAUCGGCAUCUGUGUCGUAGUAAAACCAACAAGGGCCAAGUCUUCAGUGGCUGCACUGCUUCUUUUAGUCAUGGACGGCACCUUUAACAACCCAAGUGUGUUCAGAAAAGCAGGAUACAUCACAAAUGAAGAGCUGAAGAUUGUGAUGGUGGGAAAGACUGGAAUCGGAAAAAGUGCCAGUGGAAACACGAUACUGGGUCGAAUGGCUUUUGAGUCAAAGUUUCUGUCUCUGACUGUACUCUGCAAAAAGGAAAAAGGUUGGGUGAGUGGACAGAAGGUUGCUGUCAUUGACACCCCAGGUCUGUUUGACACUAGAUAUGACGUGGAGAAAACCACCCAAGAUCUGAGUAAGUGCAUCUCCUUUGCUGCUCCUGGACCCCAUGUCUUCCUGGUGGUCGUCAGUGUGGGAAGGUUCACUGAAGAGGAAGAGAAGUCAGUGGAGAAGAUUCAACAAGUCUUCGGUGAUGCUGCAGACAAAUACAGCAUGGUUCUCUUUACUUGUGGUGAUUUUCUUGAGGGAACCAUUGAAGAAUUCAUGGAAGGGUGUCCAGGCCUUCAGCAUCUUGUGGCCAGAUGUAACAACCAGUAUCAUGUCUUCAAUAACAAGGACAAAGAGAAUCGUUCUCAGGUCAAUGAGCUGAUGCAGAAGAUUAGGAACAUAGUGAGGCAAAAUGGAGGAAGUCAUUACACCAACGGGGAUUUGCAAGAGGCAGAAAGAGAAAUAGAGAUGGAGAAACAGCGUAUCCUGAAAGAGCAGGAAGACAAAAUACGUGGAGAACAAGAGGAAAUGGAACGAAAAAUAGAGGAAAAAUAUGAAAAACAGGUGAAGAAAAUACAAGAAGAAAUGCAAGCUCUGAGGGAGCAAGAGAAAAAAGAGAGAGAGGAAGAGAGGAAAAGAGAGAAAGAUGAGAGGGAUGAGGAGAUACAGAGGGAGAGGAAGGAGAGAGAGGAGGAGAGGAACAAAGAGGGAAAUGAAAGGGAAAAGGAGAGACAAAGGGAAAGAAGGAGAGUGAAAGAAGAAAAAAACAAAGAGUUGAAGGAACUAAAGGAACAACUUUUAAGAGAAAAGAAUGAGGAAGAAGAAAGGAUUAGAUCCAUGUAUGAGGCUCAGGCCAGAAAGCAAGCUGAGGAAUCCAAUCUUUGGAUUAAAUGUGGCCGGUAUGUUAUAGGAGCAGUUACUGAAUUUGGUAAAGAAAUUCAAAGCCUGUGCAGACCGUCUUGAACAAGUAGUUUAACUCCUCUUGUAAUAAAAACACAUUACAUCCACAAUUAUACAGUAGUACUU